AAAGUGGCUAAAGUUUGUUUUUCUUCUGUGCUUUCGAUAUUCUUGGCCAUCGGCGAAAAGGAAUCCUAGCGGGUGAAAUAAACUCUAAACAUGAGGCUAACUUUGUUUCGGUUCGCAAGGCUCAGCCCGUCCGUAAAGGAACUCCGGCUGCACCUGUGCCAAACGGGCGAAGAGUCACAAGGCGUACGUGAAUUCGUAAACACCCGCUACGUUCAGUUGAAGCGCGAUAAUCCUUCGCUCCCAAUUCUGGUGCGUGAAUGCAGCGGCGUACAGCCCAGACUUUGGGUUCGUUACGAGAUGGGAAAAGAAAAGUCGGUUCCACUGACUAAAGCAACUGCCGAAGACAUCUCCAAACACAUUGAAAUGCUCGGCAAAGGACAAUGAGCGUCUAACACAAAAAGGAGUUUUGUCGAUAUGGUUCCGCAAAGUGGUCUCGUGCUGGAUUCGUUAGGAGGCUUGUAUGUAACUAAAACUGUAGCACGAAAGAGACGCAUGUGCUUAGGAAAUAAAUAAUUUCGAAUGUAAAACCACAA